GCCUGUCUGAGUUCUGGAACAGAGGAUGGGGCUUAGAUUUCACUCUGGUCACCUCUCCUACCUCCGCUAGGGUACAGGCUGAGGAUGCUGUGUUCCUUCUCCAUCAAACUCAGCAGUCCCCCCUCCGCCCCAGUCCCCACUCAAGAAAGAGAGAUCCAUUGAUAUUUCAGAGAUUGGCCAGAGAGGUAGUCAUGGCAGAGUAAAUCCAAGAACUUUCUGGAGGAAGCAACUUAAACUGCAAGUAAAGGGAAGAUGGGAGUGAGAGAAAGGUUGUUCUUAAAUAUGUGCUGGUCCAAAGUAGUGAUUAGACUUUCUCAAUUCUCAAACAGUACUAUGAAGGAGGUGGGGCACUCCCCAGUUUACAGUCUCCAGAGGCUAAGUUCUCACAGCUAGUCAAAUUCCCAAGCCAGGAUUUGGAUUUAGCCCCAGUGGAGAUUCUGAAGGGAACAGAGGUGAUGAGAAGCAGAGCAGUAAGUCAGGGACUGAAAAGAACAGGAGGGGGGGACAGGAAAAGACAUCCACUGAGGGCCUAAUGUGUGCUGGGCUUCUGCCCAUGACUCAUCCUCCUUCAGCCCCUUGGGCCUUGACCCAAGUCCUGCUGACAUCCAACUCUGGGCUCUUUCCCAGGAGAGUAGUGAAAACACUGCCUACAUCUGGAGAAAGGGGUGUGUGAGUGGAGGGGGGGACAAGAAGCUAUCCCUGGGGUGGCAAGAUGGGGACAAAGCAUAGGGAUCUAGAAACAGUGCUAGGAUUCCUGAGAUGCUCUGCUCAAAGGGUGGGAGCCAGAAUUACUGGAGCCCUGUCCUCCCUGAAGCUGUGGGAGAGUGGGUCUGGGGCCAGAGUCGGGUGGGAGGUGGUAGCAGAGGUGUUGGGCUCAUCCAGGCUGAGCCCAGAGACUUUUCCACUGCUCCAGUUUUUCCAAUUUACACACUCUCCUCCCUCCCCUGUGCUCCUGGGCAAGGGGUCACCUUGGAGGGCGACCGCAAAGCAGGAGGAGCCUCUGGGCCUCCUGCAGCUCUAGUGGCACCAAGGCCAAAGCCCUAUCCAGGGCAACGGGGGAGCUCCGGGAGCAGUGUUGCACACGACUGCGUCUCAGGAUUCUGCUGCCCGGAUCCUAGUCCCGCCAGGCACAGGGAGGAACCGCCUGAGCCCGGGAGCCCCUCAACCCGCUCUCGUGGCAGUUGGGAGCUGAUGUCACCAGUGCCCUGAGCGCCAUGGCAGGCGGGCGGGGGCACUUGCAACUCCCCAGACCCAGCAACUCCCUAGACCCAGCGCACUGCCAGCAUUGGUGCCUCGAGCUCAAUGGACAGGGCUAGGGAAGGAUCCGUGAGUGCUGGGGCCCGGGACACAGAGUUGCAGAGAAAGCUAGACCAUGAGAUCCGGAUGAGGGAAGGGGCCUGCAAGCUGCUGGCAGCCUGCUCCCAGAGAGAGCAGGCUCUGGAGGCCACCAAGAGCCUGCUGGUGUGCAACAGCCGCAUCCUGAGCUACAUGGGCGAGCUGCAGCGGCGGAAGGAGGCACAGGUGCUGAGGAAGACUGGCCGGCGGCCUUCUGAUAGUGGGCCACCUGCUGAGCGCUCCCCUUGCCGAGGCCGUGUCUGCAUCUCCGACCUCCGGAUUCCACUCAUGUGGAAGGACACAGAAUAUUUCAAGAACAAAGGCGACCUGCACCGCUGGGCUGUGUUCCUGCUGCUGCAGCUAGGGGAACACAUUCAGGACACAGAGAUGAUCCUAGUGGACAGGACCCUCACAGACAUCUCCUUUCAGAACAACGUGCUCUUCACCGAGGCAGGGCCAGAUUUUGAACUGCGACUGGAGCUGUACGGAGCCUGCUUGGAAGAGGAGGGGGCCCUGGCUGGAGCCCCCAAGAGGCUUGCCACCAAACUCAGCAGCUCCCUAGGCCGCUCCUCUGGGAGGCGUGUCCGGGCGUCACUGGAGAGUGCGUCGGGUUCGGGGAGCAGUCCCAUUCUGCUCCCCACCCCGGCUGUGGGUGGUCCUCGUUACCACCUCUUGGCUCACACCACGCUCACCUUGGCGGCAGUGCAGGAUGGGUUCCGCACACACGACCUCACCCUCGCUAGCCAUGAGGAGAACCCCGCCUGGCUUCCCCUCUAUGGUAGCGUGUGUUGCCGCCUGGUGGCUCAGCCUCUCUGCAUGACUCAGCCUACCGCCAGUGGUACCCUCAGGGUGCAGCAAGCUGGGGAGCUGCAGGACUGGGCGCGAGUGCAUGGAGUCCUGAAAGGCACAAGCCUCUUCUGUUACCGGCAACCCGAAGACGCAGACACUGGGGAAGAGCCGUUGUUUACUAUUGCCAUCAACAAGGAGACUCGAGUCCGGGCAGGGGAGCCGGACCAGGCUGCAGGCCGGCCCUUCACCCUGAGCAUCAGUAACUGGUAUGGGGAGGAUGAGGUGACACACACCCUUCAGACAGAGAGCCGAGGAGCCCUGCAUAGCUGGAUGGAGGCUUUGUGGCAGCUUUUCUUUGACAUGAGCCAGUGGAAGCAGUGCUGUGAUGAAAUCAUGAAGAUUGAAACCCCUGCUCCCCGGAAACCACCCCAAGUACUGGCCAAGCAGGGGUCCUUGUACCAUGAGAUGGCUAUUGAGCCGCUGGAUGACAUCGCAGCGGUGACAGACAUCCUGGCCCAGCGGGAGGGCACAAGGCUGGAGACACCCCCACCCUGGCUAGCAAUGUUUACAGAACAGCCUGCCCUGCCUAACCCCUGCUCACCUGCCUCAGUGGCCCCAGCCCGGACCCACCCCAUGCCCUGGGGGCGACCCCGAACAUUCUCCCUGGAUGCCGUCCCCCCAGACCACUCCCCUGGGGCUUCCCGCUCCGUUGCCCCUCUCCCCCAGCAGCGAUCCCCACGGUCCAGAGGCCUCUUCAGCAAAGGCCCACCCCGCACUUGGCUCCAGUCGCCAGUCUGAGAGAGAAAGGUGCUGGCCGCAGGAUCUGGCCAGAGGAAGAGACAACCUACGAGCAGCUGGGCUCCGGGUGUGGCACGGGCGGCAGCAGGUUGGCCAGCUUGACCUCCCCUUCCUCUGCUGGACUGGGGGUAGGCAGGGGAGCGGGAGCAGGA